UCUGGGUGCGGUGUGUUGACACGCAAUUACGUAGUAAUUCUGCGACAGGAAACGAAUCAGUGAAGGACACGAUAUGCACGAUACUGCCGACAAACACGUGAAAAAAUGUAUUCCAGUUCUUUGAUUUGUGUUUUAUAGUGUGUUGAAGACAUGGAUGUACUGCAGUCCUGAUAGCAGCCAUCAUGACGACAGAGGCUGUGUCCUCAGGGACUCGAGCUCAGAUCCCAGCUCCUGUCCAGAAAGACUACUACUACUGGUUACGCUCUUUCGCAGCUGGAGGUGUUGCAGGAUGCUGUGCCAAGUCCACCAUAGCGCCUCUCGAUAGAGUGAAAAUUUUACUACAAGCUCAAAAUCCUCAUUACAAACACCUUGGAGUGUUUGCCACACUUAAGGCAGUGCCAAAAAAAGAGGGUUUCCUUGGACUAUACAAAGGAAAUGGAGCCAUGAUGAUCAGGAUUUUCCCAUAUGGAGCCAUUCAGUUUAUGGCUUUUGAUAACUACAAAAAGUUCCUUAACACAAAACUUGGAAUAUCUGGGCAUAUUCAUCGGCUCAUGGCAGGAUCUAUGGCAGGGAUGACUGCAGUUAUUUUCACUUAUCCACUCGAUGUUAUCCGAGCACGCUUGGCGUUUCAAGUGACAGGAGAGCAUCGCUACACUGGCAUACGAAAUGCCUUUCAGACUAUUUACCUUAAGGAAGGAGGAAUCUCUGGAUUCUACCAUGGUCUGACCCCCACAAUCAUUGGCAUGGCUCCAUAUGCAGGCUUUUCAUUUUUCACUUUUGGUACAUUGAAGACUCUGGGACUUACUCGCUUUCCAGAGCUCUUAGGCAAGCCGUCGCUUGACAACCCUGAUGUUCUAGUGCUGAAGACUCACGUCAAUCUGAUGUGUGGUGGAGUUGCUGGAGCAAUUGCUCAAACUAUUUCAUAUCCACUAGAUGUUGCCCGGAGGAGAAUGCAGUUAGGGUCGUCACUGCCUGAUUUUGACAAAUGUUGCAGCCUGACAAAAACUCUCAAGCAUGUGUACACCCAGUAUGGUGUUAAGAAAGGACUGUAUCGUGGCCUGUCCCUCAACUACAUCCGCUGUAUACCGUCACAAGCCGUUGCCUUCACCACUUAUGAGUUCAUGAAGCAAGUUCUUCACCUAAACUAGAACAAGCAGUCACUAAGCCUUACAGGAACUAGUUGAAACGACCCCUGGCAACAUCACAGCAGCCCUGUCUGCCAUUCCAGUGACCAGUCAUCUGAGCUCCAGUUCUUACAAAACACCCUCACAAAUGGCAAACCUGGCUUUGCACAGCAACAGUCACUAUGGAUACAGAGACAAAAGCUUGCUUUUCCGUUAUGUGUGGAUCAGAAACAACCGACACUGGAAAUGCCAUGGAAACCUUCGUCUGGAACUUGCCUGUAAAAAGCCAUCCCAUCUCAGAUUGAACAAUAUGCCUUAAUCUUUCACUCAUGUUAGCGAAACACGAAAUCACAGGAGAUUUUACCUAUGUGGACAGUUUCGGUUAUAUCACAAUGCUUUUAACUAUGACUGAUGACGUCACUUUUUAUGUCAAAUAUGGAAAUAUGGAACAUUUCAUUCAUAUGUAGCUUUAUAUUUCAGCAAAUCUGAGUCACCUCAAGUCUAAUUGACUGACAUUUGUCUCUUUUAGUGAUAAAGAUGACUUUCCUCUACAAUUCAAUAUUAUAGGGAAUGGAAGAGAGUGUACAUAAUGUCUAUGCAGUAUUCAGUCAUGUUCGCAUGCCGACGUUACUGUGGCUCAAGUUUAAUAUCUGAUUGAUGCCUUACAGUGCAGGCUUGUUCACAGAGAGCAUGUGUGUGGUGAUGAACGUAUCACAGCUGAUAUGCAUAUGAAUCUUAAAUUAUUGUUCACUGAUUUGUGAUGGGAACUAAAAGAGUCCCUUAAAUACAAUAAUGUUUAAAUUAAAUAAAAUAAUGACUUGCCUUUCCAUAUGCAAAGGAUUUGUCAAAGACAUGUCAUAAAACAAAUAGUUCUGUCUUGCCUGGGUUAUGAAUCUCAUAUUGGAGUAGCGCACUGUCAUUACACUUUUACCCGGCCAGAAGAAAAUUAAAAUGAAUUAUUAUUUUAAAAAAAUAUAAAGUUGAGUAAUUGCCUUAUUUUGUUUUGUAUGGAAAUGAGCUCCCUCAAACGGUUGCCUCAUUUCCUUUCUAUUUUUUAUUUUUUUUUUGCAGUGUUGCAGUGAAUAGAGUCCUUAAACCUCUUUAAAUGUGACUUUUGGGUUCAUGUACAAGUUGAUCAUUUAACUGCACCUGUUUCCAAAGAUGAAUGGAAACAUUUAUGAAUAUAUGAAUGUGCGUGUGAGUACA